UAUAUUUUCCUUAAUUAUCGAUAUCACCUCAACCCUCCUUCCGAGAAGGUACAUCGAAUACCUAACUGCUCCUUAAUUUUCAAUAUCUCCAUCACUCAAUGCUUCAGGGGUUCUUAAAGCUAAACAUUUGGCUUCUAAACAACUCCCUUAUAUCUCAUAUUCCAUAGAUAUCACUCUUAAUCCUCGAUAAUUCCUACUGUUCCUUAAUGAUCGAUGUCCUCUCAAUCCCUCCUAUUUCGGAAGGUACCUCGAAUACCUAACUGCUUACUAAUCUUUGAUAUCUCCUCAAUCCCUUCACUUUUAAUACCUCAAAGGACAUCUCCCUUAUAUACUCAUAUCCGACAGACAUCCUACUUAAUCAUUGAUAAUCCCCCAUAAUUCCUACUGUUCCUUAAGCAUUGAUAUCCCCUUCACCUCCUAUCUCGGAAUGUACCACGAAUACCUACCGAUCCUUAAUCUUAAAUAUCUCCUCAAUCUCUCCAUUCUUUAUAACUCAAAGGACAUCUCC